CUAGCUAGCUGCAGUUUGUUGGCUUCCAUUCCCUUCAAUCCGUAAGUACGUAGUAAGUAUACUACAUUAAGUAGACUACAUUAAUUUCAUGGCACGAGGUGUUUGGGAGACCUUGGCACACGGUGUUUCGGCGGCCAUGUCACGCGUGUUACAUCCAUCAGGACUUGAAUAUAGUCAGUACAAACCUUUCUUUGAGGCUGUGCAAGCUGGUCGUUGGGAAACUGCAAGGGACUUUCACAUCCAACAUCCGGAGGUAGUAAGAGUAAGAAAUCCAUUUUCUGGGAAGACAGCUCUUCACAUUGCAGUUGAUGCUGGUCAUGUGGAUAUUGUGAAAGAAUUGGUGUCGUUGAUGCAAGAGGACGACUUGGAAAUAAAAGCAACACAGGGUGGUCGGACAGCUCUUGCUAUUGCUGCAAGUAAAGGGAUUCCCGAAAUGGCUGAAUGCAUGGUAACAAAGAACAAAAAAUUACUCAGCAUUCCCAAUUCAAACAACGAGCUUCCAAUUGUGGAAGCUUAUUUCCAUGGUCAUUGGCAUAUGGCUCGAUAUCUCUACUCUGUCACUCCACUUGAAGAUUUAAUGCCAGACAAAGGACCUCAUGGCGCUGCAAUAAUCUCCAAUUGUUUUACAUCCAAAGAAUUUGAUAUCUCAUGGGAUUUAAUUCAACGUUGCCCAAAAUUGGCCGUUACUCGGGCCUACUCAACGGUGACCCCUUUAGAAAUUUUGGCUAGAGAGGCUUCUUCAUUCCCGAGUGGAGCGGAGCUCAAAUUCUGGCAACAAUGGGUUUAUGACUGUUAGUGUACCACAUACUCC